GUUGGCGAUUAAAAAAGAUCUUUUCGUUGAGAAAGCCUGCUGCUGCUGCGUUGCAGAAAGCGCGAGCAGGCAAUCUUCUUGAUGGCAACUUCUCCUGCAUCGGCCUUUAUCCGUUCCAUCUCUCCUCCACAUCCGUCUAGUCCUUCUUCUUCAUGGUUUUCUUCUUUACAUCCCUUUCCAUGUGGUGGGAUCCUCUUCCAAAGCCCUUGCCAACUCUCCCAUCUCAUCUAUUCAUCCUUCACUACUACGCGGAGCCCACGUUUGUCGCCUUCCACGAUCGCAAGGAGGCGCCACCGAGGAAUUAUGUGCUCUUCGACAGUGGCGAUUGAUCAACUAUUUGUCGUUCGGAUUCAUUAUCACAGGCCGGACGGGUUGUAUGAUGGGUGGCAAUGUCGUGCCGAGAGUGGCGCUGCUGCGCAGACGACGCAGGUACCGGAGGUUGGUGAGAGGGGAGAGGAGGAGUUCGGCGUGUUUUGGGACGUCGCGAUGAAGGACAAGGAUGGCUUCAAGUUCGUCGUCCACAAAAGCGGUUUAGAGGACUGCAAAGGAUCUGCAUCGGUUGAUCAUACAGAUGUGUGGGUAAUUUCUGAUGUGCAUGAUGUGUUCCCAGAAAGACCAGAUUUAUUUUCAUUUAUGAAGGAUAAUCUGUCCUUUUCUAGGGCAUUUUGGGUUACAAAGUCUCUCAUUGCCUGGAAUAUGUGUGUCAACAAUGCCUGCUAUUACAUUUAUGCUAGUAGAAGGGCCAAGCUACAGCUCACACGUGAUGGAGUUGAAGGUCAUGAUACAAGAAUACGUCUUGAGCCAGUUGAAGGCAAGCUUCCUUUGAAUGUUGCCACCAAAUUUCCUCAUAUUGCAGAUUAUAAAGCUUUCAAAAUUACAUCUGAGGUGGAUGUUGAGGAACUUCUCAAAGCGCAGUUAGCAAUCAUAUGCUUGGACGCCAAUGGAAGGUUAGUGAAUGCAACUGGCCUGCAGUUACCAGGGGUCCUCGAUGACCUAUUCUCGUAUGAAGGACCGCUUGGUGCUGUCAUCGCUAAAGACACUGUGGCUCUUUAUCUUUGGGCACCAACAGCACAGGCUGUGCAGGCCUAUAUAUUUGGUAGAGCAUCAGACGACAUUCCACUUGAAACUGUAGACCUUGUAGAGAUGAAUGGUGUAUGGUUUGCUAGUGGACCAAGGACAUGGGAGGGCUGUUACUAUGUCUAUAAACUUACUGUAUUCCACUCAAGUACUAUGAAAAUAGAAACUUGUUUUGUCAAUGAUCCAUAUGCGAAGGGACUCUCAGCAGAUGGAAAAAAGACGUUAAUUGUCAAUCUCAACUCUGAUAACUUGAAGCCAGCUGGAUGGGAUAGAUUGGCAGAAGAAAAACCUAACCUUUCAUCUUUUUCUGAUAUCAGUAUCUAUGAGUUGCAUAUCAGAGAUUUUAGUGCUAAUGACAAAACUGUGAAUCUUGAUCUCCGAGGGGGUUACCUUGCUUUUACAUUACAGGAUUCAGCUGGUUUUCUUCACUUGAACAGAUUGUCCAAGGCAGGUCUUACACACAUUCAUCUACUUCCAAGCUUUCAUUUUGCUGGUGUUGAUGAUAAUAAGAAGAAAUGGAAGCAUCUAGAUGAAGAGAGAUUAGCUUCUCUACCUCCAGAUUCAGAGUUGCAACAAGCUCAUGUUGUGGCCAUCCAGGAGGAAGAUGGAUAUAACUGGGGGUACAAUCCUGUUCUCUGGGGGGUUCCUAAAGGAAGCUAUGCCAGCAACCCUGAUGGACCAUUGCGAACAUUGGAGUUCAGAAAAAUGGUUCAGGCACUUAAUCACAUUGGUUUGCGUGUUGUGCUGGAUGUUGUGUAUAAUCACGUUCAUGGAAGUGGUCCACAUGACAAUUUCUCUGUUCUUGACAAGGUUGUUCCCGGGUAUUACCUUCGAAGAAAUGCUGAUGGGCACAUUGAGCAUAGUACAUGCACAAACAAUACAGCUAGUGAACAUUACAUGGUUGAACGCUUAAUUAUUGACGAUCUUCUUCACUGGGCACUUCAAUACAAGGUUGAUGGAUUCCGGUUUGACCUGAUGGGCCACAUCAUGAAAAGUACCAUGUUGAAGGCAAGAGAAAGGUUGAACAGUUUGUCCAAGGAUAAUGAUGGGGUAGAUGGCUCAAAAAUAUACAUAUAUGGAGAAGGUUGGGACUUUGGUGAAGUUUCUAAGAAUGCUCGUGGAACAAAUGCGUCUCAGUUUAAUAUGUGUGGAACUGGUAUUGGGAGCUUUAAUGAUCGAAUUCGAGAUGCAAUACUUGGUGGAUCUCCAUUUGGUCCUGUUAUUCAACAAGGUUUCUCGACAGGCUUGUUGCUGCAGCCCAAUGAGCAUGUACUUGAGUCAGAGAAUUCAGAUCACAUUCUUGCAGUCCUAAAAGAUCACAUUCAGGUUGGGUUGGCUGCAAAUUUGAGGGACUUUGUUUUCACAAAUCAUGAGGGAAAAGCAGUGAAAGGGUCUGAAGUUUUAACUCAUGAUGGAGUACCAGUUGCAUUUGCUCUUUCCCCGACAGAAACAGUGAAUUAUGUGUCUGCUCAUGACAAUGAGACCUUAUUUGAUGCUAUAAGUUUGAAGACUAGCGUGGAGAUUUCCGUCAGUGAUAGGUGCAGACUAAAUCAUCUUGCAACCAGCUUGGUAGCCCUUUCUCAGGGGAUACCUUUUUUCCACUCUGGUGAUGAGAUGCUGCGGUCCAAAUCACUUGAUCGGGAUUCUUACAACUCUGGUGAUUGGUUCAACAGAUUGGAUUUCAGCUACGAAUCAAACAAUUGGGGUAUUGGCCUCCCUCCGAAAGAGAAAAAUGAAAGGAACUGGCCACUGAUUAAAUCACGGCUAGCAAAUGCAUCAUUUAAGCCUCAGAAAAUUCAUAUUCUUUCUGCGGUAGAAAAUUUUGAGGAUGUUCUGAGGAUAAGAUAUUCUUCACCACUUUUUCGCUUGAGGACAGCAAACGAAAUUCAGGAAAGAGUUCGCUUUCACAACUGCGGUCCAUCAUGGGUUCGAGGUGUUAUUGUGAUGAGCAUUGAAGAUGGAUACAGCGGCAUGCCGGGAAUGACUCAAAUGGAUCCCUUGUAUUCGUUUAUUGUCAUUGUCUUCAAUGCGUGCCCUUCCAAUGCCUCUUUUUCAAUUCCUUCAUUGAGAAGAAAGAAACUUGAACUACAUCCACUGCAGUUGAUGUCUUCUGACAAGGUUGUCAAGAAUUCAUUUUAUGAAGCAACGAGUGGCAGCUUCAGUAUACCGGCAAGAACAACUUCUGUAUUUGUUGAAGUCCGUGCUAUUUGAAUAUGGGUGUUACAUGCAGAUACUCAUCCAUGAAGUUGGCUUGGAGUUGCGCAAGCUUGGAGAUACCAACUGCUUUCAUUAUGCAGUUGAUGCCUUCUGACAAGAUUGUCAAGGGUCCUUCUUUGGUGUUAACACUGUAAGCUUUAGAAUAUAGCUGAAAAACUUCUGUAUGUUGAAACUUAAACCACUUCAUGCGGGUGCCACAUUCUUAUGUACAUGCAUCCGGUUGGGUAGGAGCAGGCCAAGCAUGGCAAGGAGAAUAGCACUUCUAAAGUGUCUUAAAAUUGGGAGAUAAAAUAUGUAGGAUAUGUAUAUCUAAGAGUUCGAUCCUGGUCCAAGAAAAGAGCCAUCCAGACUGUGGUGGUUCCUUGGUUAGGCCCAAGGGGGGAUGUACGCUGGAUAGCUUUAUUUGGAGUGUGCCUGUUAAUUCUGGAAACCAUGCCUUUGUAUU